AUGUCUACACAGCAUCGGGAGAGACUCAUAGCAGACGAGGAGAAGUUUAUUUUUACCAGAAGCGCAGAAGUGACAUCAGAGCUUACAGUACUGGAGGAUGAGAUACGCGAAGUCCCCGAUUUUCAACCCGCAACAGUAGAUGAGAGGGAAAAUUUUCCUCAGAGAAAGAAUGGAGUUAUUUGA